AUGGAGUCCAAGGAUGUCAAGCUCGGUCAGCCAUCGGGUAAGAAUCCCCAAACCAAACCUACAAAGGAAACCAAGCGUCGCUUUUCUUGGGACGAUAAUAACCCAGCACCGCCCCGACGGAGACCGAGCCGACGUCCCAGCCGAGAAGUCUCAACUUCAAAGAGAGGAGACCCACCGAGAGUUAUAUCUAAUAUCUUCUACGGCACGAUCGAGUUUUGGCUCUUGGUCUUAGGCAAGCAGUCGUGGCCAUUCUCAUUUGACCCUGUCUCCCCAAAGAUUACCAUAUCCGAGAACGAUCCAGGCCAUGACUCUAUCGCUACGAGCCUCACCGAGAUAAAACCCGGCUCGAAUUGCAACGAGACGCCACCCAUCCUCGAAACGACUGAUGGACCGGUGGAGUUGGAACCUAGAGGGGUAAAAAAUGAACAGAGAUGUUGGGAGGACGUGCGGCUUCGGCUAGGCGAAAAGCGUGACCAAUUGUGCUUGUGGAAGGUUGGACUUUCUGACAAAGAUUUAGACGGUCUGCUCGAGAGUGAGUCGGAUAUCUACCGUCAGCUAGGAAAAACUGUCUUAGACGCGUUAUUAAGGCUCGCGGCUUCACUAAGCGUUGCCGUAGACUUGGAUAAGACAAAUGAACAAACAGCUGCCGAUAGUGACACGUCACUGCUCCGAGGGAGUGCACACAAAUUGGACAAAUUGAUAAAGGAAGCAAGCAAACUUGCCAGAAGCAACGCUCGCGAGUAUGAUCCCAAAUUACCAGCAGCAUUUGCUACUGCGGCCCAGCUAUUAGCCAAGCUUCAGUUAGAUAUCACCAGGCUAUCGAAUCUCAGCCUCCAGAUUAAGUUAGCUAUCAAUAACUAA